AUGACGGGUCUUGUCGAGACUCCCCUGCGUGAUGCAGUCGGUAAGUUUGCGGACAUACGAGGCAAGUUGCGAGAGCGGUCAGUCGGAAAUGUCUUCGGCAACGGUCGGUUGGGGGGCUGGUGCGGUUGGAGAGCAUGCAACGUGCAUGAUGUUGCCCUGGAUGCGCGGGUGGACCUUCGGACUGUGGAAGCGACGACGCAUAUCGACAGCCUCGGACCAGAAGACGGGCGACGACAGAUCUGCCUUGAAGACGGGGGCUCGUAG